CCGGCAAACGGAGGGAGGCAGCAAGCAAGCGAGGGCGCCGCCGGGGCUGCAUGGGGCCGGCUCAGGAGGGUCCCACGGCCGGGGAGGAGUUGCUGGAGCUGCCCCCGGGGGCCCAGGAGCCCUGCCUGGAGCCCCACCUGCCAGAGGAGCCGGGCAGCGCCUCUUCCGCCUGCUGCGGCUCCUGUGGGCGAGGAAGUUUCCCCUGGAGACGGCGGACGCCCGGAAUAAAGGAGAUAGGUGCCUGCCCGGGACUUGGACUGUUCUAUACCGUCUUGUCGGCCUUUUUUUUCUCCGUGGCUUCUUUAUUCUUGAAGAAAAUUGAAAAUGUGCACUCGGUGGAAAUCAGUGCCAUUCGAUGUAUUUUCCAAAUGGCAUUUGUUCUUCCUGGUUUAAUAUACUACAAAACAGGAUUUUUGGGACCAAGAAACAAACGCAUCUUCCUUUUCUUCCGAGGACUGCUUGGCUCCAGUGCAAUGAUUCUUGUUUAUUAUGCUUUCCAAGUGAUGCCUCUUGCUGACGCCACAGUCAUUACUUUCAGCAGUCCAGUUUUUACAUCAUUGUUUGCUUGGAUAUUUCUCAAGGAGAAAUAUAGUCUUUGGGAUCUUCUGUUCACCCUUUUUACUAUCACUGGAGUGAUAUUGAUUGCGAGACCACCUUUUCUGUUUGGAGGCAAAGUUUUGGGAAUCGAAGGAACUUACACAGACCACCUCAAAGGGACAAUAGCAGCAAUUACAAGCGCAAUAGCUGCGGCUUUAACUUUUGUUAUCCUAAGAAAGGUGGGGAAAUCAGUGCAUUACUUUUUGUCUAUUUGGUACUAUGCAGUCAUUGGGUUAAUAGUGUGUGUAAUAACCCUUUUUGUAAUGGAUGCCUGGACUUUACCCAACUGUGGUAUAGAUAGAUGGCUUCUGAUAUUAAUUGGACUUCUGGGUCUCGGUGGUCAAAUAUUUCUAACCAAAGCAUUACAAAUCGAGAACGCAGGUCCUGUGGCUAUAAUGAAAACAAUGGAUGUGGUGUUUGCUUUUAUUCUUCAAAUCCUUUUUCUCGAUCAUUUACCAACCUGGUGGACUGUAGGAGGCGCCCUUUGUGUUGUCGCUAGCAGUUCCGGCACAGUCAUUCGGAAGUGGUACCAGAAGUCCAAAAAAAGUACUGUAAAUGAAAUUUAAGAAGCUUGAACCUGUUUCAUAUCUAAAAACACAACAAAAGAUCUUAAAUAUUUAUUUUAAAUAAUGCACUUACUGUCCCAUGUUUCUUCACAAUCACAUUUACUUAUCAGAGCAGGAGUAGAUACCAUAACUCACUGCUUUGUAUAUGUGCCUUACUCCAAGAAGCAUUUGACAAACUUUUCUGUAACAAGAACAAUGUCUUCUAAGAGGGAAUGAUUGAAUAUGGUGUGGAGAUCUACUGCUUAGUGUAAAAGUGCAAAACAAAAUCUAUUCUGCAUCCUUGCAUUUUUGAGUGCAUCUAAAGUAGUAAUUUGGGUCCUAGCCAUAAUUUCUGAUGCCGUGCAUCUCUAUUGUGUGUGUCUCUCUAGUGCUAGUUCCUCAAAACCAGUUUAACGUUGAUGGGAAAUGUAUAGAAGAAAGAAGGGUCAAAAUUAACUUACUGGUCUUCUUUCUCUACCUCAAUUUUAACUUGAAAAGCUAGCUAAAAUAAUAAUAAUAAUAAUAAAUAAAUAAAAAUUUAUUUAUACCCCGCCCUAUCUCCCUGAAGGGACUCAGAAGUAAAAGCUUAACUUCUGCUCUUUUCUGUACAAUUUGUAAGCACCUGGGAUUCUCACAGCUUAUUUGCAAAGAGAAGCCCAAAUAAUAAUAAAUAAU